AUGCCCCCUCCUUGGUCCCACGUUGCUCUCGAAUUCCACGUCAAAUCGAAAGGUGACCAAUACGACCGCAUCUCCGCUUUAUGGCUCGGUGGUUCGGAGCUCCUCCGCACCAGUACCGCCCAACCAGAAGAACACGGUAUCUUCUGGAAUGUUCGAAAAGAUAUCACCAAGUACUCCUCUCUCCUCGUUCAGAACGACCUCUACUUCACUCUUAUGCUCGAAAACAUCGUUAACGAUAUCUACACCGGCGUUUACCAUGUUAAUGUCACUCUCUACUUCUACAAAGACAACGCCGUCAAGGUUCCGUUAACCGGCAAUAAUCAAAAUUUAUUUACUCCAGUUUCACAAUUACCGUUGGUUGGAGACGAGAGUAUGUAUGAUCCACCAGCUGAUUUAAUAAUUCCGAUUUCAGCAUCCGAUAGUACAAAGGGUUAUUGGUUUAUAAUAGAGAGAGAUUUGGAUGUGAAAUUUGAAAAGGUUAGUUUUCCGUCGAAUACACGGAAAGUCGUUUUGGAAUUAUAUGUGUCGUUUCAUGGAAAUGAUGAGUUUUGGUAUUGGAAUCCGUCAAAUUCUUACAUUAGGAUGAAUAAUUUGAGCACUCCGCGGGGUAAUGGCGCGUUUAGGGAGGUUUUUGUUACCAUUGAUGGGAAAUUAGUGGGAUCAGAAAUGCCAUUUCCGGUCAUCUUUACCGGAGGGAUUAAUCCUUUGUUUUGGGAACCGGUUGUAGCAAUUGGUACUUUUAAUUUACCUUCGUAUGAUUUUGAUCUGACGCCGUUUUUAGGGAUGGUUUUAGAUGGGAAAGAUCAUGUUUUUGGUGUUGGAGUUACGGAUGGGAUUGAGUAUUGGCUUGUUGAUGCGAAUUUGCAUAUUUGGUUGGAUUCAGCUUCCAACAUUGUUGAAGCGAAGAAUGUUGUGAAUAUUUUUCCUGCUUCAGAAAUAAGUCGUAGUGAAGAGUUUGAAUCGCUUGAUGGUUCGUUUGAGAUCAAGGCUGAGAAGUUUAUACGAUUGGAAGGAUGGGUUAAGUCGAGUUCUGGGAAUUUGACCACCAGAAUAUCUCAGGAGGUUAGGUUUAGAAGCUCGAUAAGGUUCAAAAAGAAUGGAACUUAUAAGGCUGUUAAACAGAAUAUCAAGGUGAGGAGAGAAGCGAAAGUGUUGAAUGAUGUGGGUGGAUUGGUUAGUAAGGUUAUUAUUAAGAGAAAGUAUCCUCUCAAAGUGAUUACUGUGACUCUUCCUGGACUGAAGAACGAUACGUAUAUGCUUGUUACUAAUGUUACUCAUGCGGUGAAUGAAAGGAUUAGAAUUGGAAAGUUGUCUAGCCAUCUUAAUAACAAACAGGUUUCUAACGGUUGGAUGGAGGUUAAGGAUCAUACUGUUCUUUCUGGCGAAGCGAUGACUAAUCAAACUUACGUUUCCAGAAAUGAGUUUGGUUGCUACGUUAGGACUGUUGCAACAUUGAAUGGAACACUAAUCAAAGACAAUGCUGCCUAUGCUUGUCCAUCUGUUAUGUAA